AUGAAUCCUAAAAUUUCUUCCCCACCAAGUGAUUCCACACAAGCUCCUGAAGUCCUAACUGGUAAUGUCCCUCUUUCUCAUGUAUCAACAUCUGAAGUUCCACAAGAAGAUGAAACAACUAGACGUCAUGUUGGGCGUGAGUCUACACAAUGUUGGACUGUUGAGGCAAUAGACUCUGAAGAAACGAUCAAGAAGAUUAAGGUGAAAGUUAGGGGAGUCAAUAGCUUACCUAGGGAGUUACGCAUCAUUGUGAAUUUUGAUGACCAAGGCCAAGCAAUUGGUGAAGCACAAGCCUUGCUUGCAGGAUUUCUUGGAACACUAGCAGCUGAUUGCAAAUUAUUUCCUAUGGAUUAUGAUAGAUGGUCUGGACCUUCAGGCGUACCUAAAGCUUAUUUUGAUGAUUGCUUUGAAACAAUUUUAAAGCCUCGAUUUUAUUUUAACAUUAAUGAAGCUGGUGCAAAACGGUAUUGCAAAUUGAGUAUGGGAAGAAAAUGGGCUGCAAAUAGGCAAAGCUUAUGGAAUGAAUUCAAUGAUCCAACCAAAACAAGAGAUGAAAUCAUAAAAAAUGUGCCAAUAGGCAUAGAUAAAGAUCAAUGGGCUCGUUUUGUUCAUUAUCGUCAUAAACCAUAA